AUGAAGAGGCAACGACAUGUGCAGGAGGACAUGCAGUCUAAAAGACAUUGCCCUGCGACUCAAAACAACAUCACGGCCCAGGAAAACGGGCCUCAAUUCAGCCCGUGGCCACCUAACAUCGCUCCAACUCAGACUUGUGAUCCCCGCCAAAUCACACAGGAUCCCUCAUACUAUGACCCUUCGACGCUCAACGGAUACUGUUCUCCCAUGGCCUUCACCGGAGAGCAAUUUGACCCCACGGGAGUCUCUAACCAAACUUCACUACAGUUCACAAGCAAUAAUGGAGGUUUCAUCAACAACUUCUACUCCCUGCCAAAUCCCUCAUUCCCCAUGAGCACCACGCUACAGAGUCAACAGAGCCCGAAUGCGGCCUAUCCCACCCCCCCAGCAACAAGCCAACCUGUUUCGAGCCAGCAGACCUAUGAGCUACAGCAAUGUGUACCAACUAUGCCUUCGGUGAGAUUACCUUUCGCUAUGAAUAGAGAAUCUGAGCACCAGACGUGGUACAAUGUUCUUGGACGGGCACCUCUUCCAGUCCCGGCUACAUACCAGUUCACGCCUCGUAUGCCAUACAAUGCACCCAAUCGACCUGUCUCAAAAGACAUGGUUGGGGUUGACAUGGCAGCCUAUUCAAAGCCCCAGCGGAAACUGCCAGUGCCCACACCUUUAACACGGGAAUCGCCAACUUCAGGCACUGAGAUUAACAAACCGUUAAUGCCCACUCUUGCCAGUGGCGACCUAAGCGUCCGGUCGCCUAUUCCAACAUCAAUCUGUGAAGUCGAGAAGCCGACAGACCCUGUCCCUGCGGCUGAGCCACAGACUUCUACUAGAGUCCCAGAGACCGAAAGUGACUGUGACUUCACCCUUCUUGACCGCUACGAAGGCACACUCGACCAAAUAGAUUGGCUCCAGAAAUACGUAGAUGACCAUGAUAAGAGCGAAGAGGAAGAGAACCGCAAAGUCGAGGAAGAGCGGCAAAACAAGGGAAAAGGGGCUGAAGAGAAAGCUCAGAGAUUCCGCGAAAUGACACAGUCAGCCAGCUACCAAUUCCAGGAUCCCAAGGCCUCCUCCGUGAACCCGGCAUUGCCAGAGGUUCAGGUUCAAGAGAAGGUGAACCUGGCAUUGCCAAAGUCUCAGGCCCCAGAGAAAACCCGAAACGAAGGGUUAGUAGCGUAUGCUGUACGGCCACCCAACGAUGAAGGGAUCGUGUUCAAGGUCGUCGAAGCGAACUGCUCUAUCCAGGAGAUCGCGCAAGGUCUGGAAUCCCCAAUCCGAGAUAUUAAGCUUAAUGACACCUUUUCUGGCAUGAACGAGAAGGCUGUUAAGCGCUGGUGCAACUAUCUCCUCGGCACUGUUCCCGGCGUCGAUGAUGAGGUAAUUGUUUGGGCGAAGUGA